UUGACUCCAGUGGUAGUGAUGGUCUCCUUUGUGAUGUAAAAUGGUUUCUACGAGAGGGAAUCCAGUAUCUGAAAAUGAAAGGAAAAGUGCAUUACCGUCUCGUGAAUCUCGUAGGACCACACGGGGAGCACUUCAGGAACCAGAAGAUGAGCUAUUCUGGGAUAGUGAUGAACAACCUGCAAGAAUUCACAGGCGAACAGGAAGCGUGAAUGUUUCCUUUAAGGAAGCUACAAGUCCCAGAUCAGCAACCAGUAGGUCUCCAGGGUCCCCUAAAGAUGACCCUGGUUUGAUGGCAAAAGAUGGAUCUCAAGAUUGCUCUCUCAUUGCACUUGAGUCUAGUGAAGAAAGUGAAAAAGCUGCUCUGAGAAAACUGAGAACGCGAACCCUGGCCGUUUUGCUGUCUCGCUCGCUUGCGGACAAAAAACUGAAGGGCUGGGCCAGGAAGAGACCUUCGUGUUUCUCCUGUGAAGAGGCUCCUAGGCCUCAACCCAGCAGAGAUUCCCCACGGGGAAGGCCUUCUCGUAUAAGACAAGAUGAGGUUGUUGCCGUUGAAGCGGAUACCGAUACAGAUGAUGAAAUAUAUAGACGUAGUCAGUCACGCCGAACUCGUGGCCAACGCACCAAAGAUAAUAAAAAUCCAAUUAAGAAGGAGUUUGUAAUGAAUGGUGAUGAUCUUGGAGAUCACAACCACAUUGAAGAGGAUGAAGGUCCAAGACGCAGUUCUCGAAGAAGAAAAUUUAGUUCAUUUAAUGACCAAUCAUGGUUAGUAGGAAACAAGAAGUUACGUGGUUAUCCAUCCAUUGUUCCUAGUUCUGAGCCAGAGAAUGAAGAACCCAGACCUUCACGGAAAUUAUGCAAUUCCAGAUAUAUUGAUAAGGAGGUUGAACCCAGACGUAGAAAACUUCGCCGAUAUGACGAGGCGGAGGACCAAGAUUUUUGCCCCUUAACACCUAAAUCACAUAGACCUACUAGACGUCGCCGUGUCCCACCAAGGAGAUAUAGGGAUGACCCAGAUAACUCGGAAGAAGAAGAUGUAGCCAGGCGGAUGCGAACUAGAUGUGGGAACCAAUUAAAAUCAAAACCCAAACUUGAUGGAGAAGAUAAUGAAGAAGAUAUAGAGGAAAUCGAAACUGAUGGUGAAACAUUAGACAGAUCCGAACAACAUAGUAAGAGUUUCAAGGAAGAUCAAGAAGAGACACAAGAUGAGGACAGAGAAGAGGGGAAUGAUGGUGAUGAUGAUGAGGAUGACGACGAUGAUGAUGAAGAGCUCCCACAGAAGAGACGCACGACAAGAAGUACCUUAGUUGCUGCUGGAGAGAAAAUUGAAGACUCCGAAGAGGAGGAAGAGGAGGAAUCACCAGUGAUGCGUAGACGUGUAAUUAAGAGGAUUCGAGACCCCAUUGCUGCCAAUGCUCUGUCUGUGAAAAGUCCGUUUGAGGACAUGUAUUCAAGAGUGAAAAGACAACGUCGGCCAGUCAAACGUUUUAUGUAUGAAGAUGAAGUUCCUGCGAGACGGUCUCGAAAGCAUGAUUCCUCUUCAAAUGAUAGUGGCAAUGAUAAAGAUGAUGAGGAUGAUGAUGACGAUGAGGACGAUGAAGAGGAGGAAGAUGGAGAUGAAGUGCAAACUAGGUCACGAUAUUCACUUCGACGGAAUAGACAAGAAAUAAGACCCUUUCAGCAUACUGCAACAGUGACAGAGGAGUCAUCAAGAGCCAGGGGAUAUCAUGAAGAUUCUCCUCCUAGAAGACAUCGGAGGAAUCACAAGAGAUAUCUUAAUUCUCCAGCAAGAAAGCACAUGUUUCAUCAUAAACGUAUGGCUGCUCAUCAUACAUCAACAAGUAAUAGCAGUAGUUCAGAUGAAGAUCGUUUUGAGGAACGUAAAGCUAGAAGUAUGGCAAAAUCACGCAACCGUUGCCUUCCAAUGAAUUUGUCUCCAGAAGAUUUAUUAACUACCACACUAAAGGAGCGAGCAAAAAUUGGUUCCAGCUUAGCAGACAUAGACCCGAUGACUUUGGAUCGCUCGGUUACGUUUGAUGCUGUGGGUGGUCUCUCUCAUCAUGUGAAUGCUUUAAAGGAAAUGAUCAUCUUUCCUCUCCUCUACCCAGAGGUGUUUGAGAGGUUCAAUAUUGCUCCUCCAAGGGGAGUCUUGUUUUAUGGCCCACCUGGAACAGGAAAAACUCUUAUGGCAAGAGCACUUGCUAAUGAAUGCGGCGUUGGUGGCAAAAAAGUGGCCUUUUUCAUGCGCAAGGGUGCCGACUGUCUCAGCAAGUGGGUUGGAGAAUCAGAGAGACAGCUCAGACUUCUGUUUGAUCAGGCUUAUCAGCUGCGUCCAUCCAUAAUCUUCUUCGAUGAAAUUGAUGGACUUGCUCCAGUUCGUUCAUCUAGACAGGAUCAGAUCCACUCCAGUAUAGUGUCUACGCUUCUAGCUCUUAUGGAUGGACUAGAUUCCCGUGGAGAAGUUGUUGUAAUAGGAGCAACAAACAGAAUUGAUGCCAUUGAUCCUGCUCUUCGUAGGCCGGGCCGCUUUGAUCGAGAAUUCAGUUUUCCUCUUCCAUCAAUGAAGGCACGUCUACAAAUUUUAACGAUUCACACCAAGAGUUGGGACCCACUUCCAAGUAAACGAGUUUUACAGUACUUAGCAGAGCAGACUGUUGGCUAUUGUGGUGCUGAUUUAAAGUCACUCUGUGCUGAAUCAGCUUUAAUAGCUCUCAAAAGUAAAUAUCCACAGAUCUACUCAUCCAAACAGAAACUUCUAAUUGAUGUGUCUACAAUAAAUAUAAAAUUGUGUCACUUUCGAGUGGCAAUGAAGAAGUUAGUUGCAUCAGGACAGAGGUCAGCUGCCAGUGUUGGUCGACGUCUCAGCCCUAUUGUACAACCUUUACUCCAGUCCUCACUCAAUAGAGCUCUAAGAUUACUGGCAGAAAGCUUUCCUCAAGCCUUUUCAAAAUUUCCAUCAAACAUGAAGAGAAAUACUACACACAGACCAAGAUUACUACUGACUGGGUUGAGAACUCAAGGUCAGAGCACUCAUCUAGCACCAGCAAUUAUUCAUUCGCUUGAAAGGGUCCCUACUCAUAAAUUGGAUCUUGCGGCAUUAUAUUCUGUAUCAGCACGAGCACCCGAAGAAGCAUGUGCACAGAUGUUUCAUGAGGCACGCCGUAGUCUGCCGAGCAUCAUUUAUGUCCCACACAUCGAACAGUGGUGGGGAACAACUUCAGAAACCUUACGUGCAACUUUCAUGUCUCUUCUGCUUGAUAUGGAUCCUUCAUCUCCAUUGUUGUUGUUAGCUACAUCAGAUGUGCCAUAUGAUGAACUGGAUAGUGAUGUACAGAUGCUAUUUAGUGUCUAUCGUGAAGAAAUGAUGACAGUAUCCAACCCUUUAGAAGCCGAGAGGAGACAGUUUUUUAAAACCAUAUUUUACACGGAUAUGCUUGCAAAGCAAAAGGUUCGUUCAAAUAAAAAAACUUUGGAGGAGCUCCCAAUAGCACCAGAGCCUGAGCACUGGAAGGUAAAUUCUAAAGAAAUGAAAAGGCUAGAAGAAUUGGAGGAGGCUACACUCAGGGAAUUAAGGAUUUUCCUCCGUGAAAUUUGUGCAAAGCUGGCCAGAAACAGAACAUUUUACAUUUUCACAAAACCUGUGGAUGAAGAAGAAGUCCCUGAUUAUCGUGAUAUUAUCAAGGAGCCAAUGGACCUGGAGACCAUGAUGACAAAAAUCGACCAGCACGAAUAUGACUGUGCUCAGGAAUUUCUUCGUGACAUUGACCUCAUCUGCAAAAAUGCUCUCGAGUACAAUCCAGAUCGCAAUCCUGAAGAUAAAAUCAUCCGCCACCGUGCCUGCACAUUGCGUGAUACAGCCUAUGCAUAUAUUAAGGCUGAAAUGGACACUGACUUUGAAGAUAAGUGUCGUGAAAUCAGAGAUAGACGCCAAGAGCGGUACAAGUCCACAACAAAACCCUCGGCUCCGGAAUUCAUCCACGUGGCUCAAGAAACAAAAAGACAAGAGACACCAGUGAAGCAAAUUAGAGGAGCUACAGUAACUCCACAAGCAACUAGUAUACGACAAGAAACAAUAGAUCAACAUGCAAAGACAACAGGUGAUAUCCAUCGACGCCGUAAGAGAAGGCUUAGAAAUGCUUGGGCUCGUGGUGAAAUCAAAGUUCAAAAGAGGAGGCGAAUUAUUGAAAAGGAUUCUCCCGAGAAAAAGGAAUUGGGCUUACAGAGUCCAGAAAUAAAAAGAGACGAGGAGGUUGUGGAAGAAGAAAAUAAGAUCACUUUAGAGGAAGUGGAAGAGAAGCAAGCAGUUGAUGGGGAGAAGAGUGAAGAUGAUGUCAGUGUCCACUCGACUUAUAAUUCAGAAGAAAAAGAAGGGAAUUUAGAAAAAUCUUCUUUGGACAAAAUACAUAAUGCAGAUGAGGUUCAUGUAGACUCUGAGGUUGUUUUGUAUAAUGGUCAUCUGAGCACAGAGGACAGUCACGACAGUAUGAAAGUAACUUCUGCUGCUGAUGAACUCGCUGCGCAUUCUUCUACCUCAAGUACCAUCAAAGAGUCGAGGGACAGCAUCAAGGAGAAUAAGGACGAUAAGAUCCGGGAUAAUAUAAUGGAGGCAGAAGACUCAGUUGUGUCAUCAUCAGAACAGGGAAGUGGCAGUGCCCCCACCGAGUGCAAUGGAAUAACGAUUGACUGGAGUCAUCUAGAAGCUGUAUAUGAAUCCUGUAUUUCUGCAACUGAGGACUCUACUGUAGAUGAAUUACUGCGUCUUCACACUGCUAUUUCUUUGCUCAUACACAAGCACAUAAAAAAUACAAGUCGUCUUCACCUUCUUCAGGAUGCUGAAGCUGAAAUUAGGCGGUUCACACAAUUCCACAAGAAAAGCUGAGUAUAACAGUGGAGAUGCAACUUGGCUUACAGUGUAGUUCAAACAGAUUUUCAUUGUUUCUGCAAGAAAUAUCUGUACUGCCUAUAUCACCAUGGGAUGAUGGUAGACUUGUUUCCAAGUUUAAAUUAAAGAUUAUUUUGUAAGCCUCUCAUUUAAGUUAUUUUUUCUUGCAUUCUUAUUUAAACUGUUUCACCUUAAUUUAUCAAAAUCCAAAUGAUGUGGAAUAUUAUCUGUAGAUUGGGUUUUUAGUGUUCAUACAGUAUUACCAAAGUUCUAAAGGUGUAUGUGCUGUAGAAUAAGUGAUUCAGUAAUAAUAUUGUAACAUUAGUUUUCUGUAAGGUACCUGAUUAUUUUGCAACCAAAAUAAUUACAUUAAUUUAACAGUAUUGCACUGUUGCACAGAGCUGAGGACUUUGGUCUUUUUUUUAUUUAUUUUUGUCUUUCUUUUAUUUGACCAUUUUUGUGACAGUAUCAGUAAUUAUGAAGAUUUCAUCUCCAUGUAGGAACACAGAUACCUGGUUAUUCAUAUUACCACAAAUAAUUUAUGAAAUAUCAUAUCUGCAUACACUCAUCAAUUAUUAACAAACAUUGUAUCACAAGGAUUUAAGAAAGUCAUUCUUCAUGUUCUUCAUAAUUAGUGAUAUGUCUACCUAUGCUCUGCCAUUUUGCCAUCCUUGCUCAAGGUAUUAGAUUAUGGAUAAACCAGUAAAUAAUAUUGAGUAUAUUUCACUGCCAGUAUCAUCAACCAUUCACCCACACUGCCAUAUUCACAGGAUUGCAUUUUAUGCUGUAGCCUAAAGUUAGAAGUGUUGAUAUUUCACUUUUUGCAUUAGUAUUUACUGCUACCUCUACCCCCCUUCCCUCUAGGUGGUUCUAAUGCAACAAUUAAAUUUUGGGGAUAAGAGUGCCCCUGGUAUGGAAGUCCUGCUUUAGCCAAUCCUAGCAUUAUCCAUGCUUUAAGGUGUAAUCAGUGAUAUAACAGACACACUUUGGGGGUUAUGUGUUUGUGAUGAUUAAGUUAUUGUUAAUAAUGAAAAUUUAAACAAAAUAUUUUAUUGCCAGUAUUAAUAACUGAUGUUCCUUUGAGUAAAUAUCUUACUUCAACUAAUUAUGGUUAUAAUGUCCCUCAUUAUAUAGUACAGCCACUUCACACUUCUGCUGUUCGUCACCGUCAAACAUAUUCUGAACCUUUUCAUCACCAUACAGGUAUGCCUUUAAUUUGUCUUAACUUUAAAGUUUUCCCUACAUAUGUUCACAAACACCAAUUUUUUUUUAUAACUAAGAACUGAAUGUCAUAAGAACUGUUUUAAUAAGCUUUAGAGCUCUUUGAAUAUCAGUAGGUUAACAACACUUUAUUAUUGAUACUAUUAUUAGUUCUUAUAGAUAGAGACUAGAGAAAUAUGUUAACAAUAUUUAUUUAUUAUAAUUUCUUUGAGAUGGAGCUUCAAGAGAACUAUAAAACACACGGUUUUUAUAGUUGUAGUUAGAAUGAAGAACCUUCUCUGAGAAACUGAUGAAGGGAUUUUUGCUGAAAAUUUAGAGGUCAAGGUCAUAGAUACCAAAAGUAUGCACAGGAAAGGAGUAGUGUUUUCUACCAGGGAUGAUCUAAAAGAACCACAGGACCUUAGAUCUAAUGUGACAAAGUUAGUUUUUUUUUUUUUUUUUUUUUACUGUAUUUCUUUAGGGCUUCAACAGAUUCAUUCAGAUCUGAGACACAAGUACAGUGGGGUCAUGCAGUAUGCUAUGCUGUUUUUGGAGUAAUGUUAUUCUUACAGUUGAGCAAGGAACCAGUUUUUAUUCAAGUUUUUCAAGUUGAUAUCUUGACAAUACUGUAUUUCAUCCAGUUUAUUUGGUGCCAUGCUAUGUGCUGUAUCAUUUUUGAACGGAGAAGUAGUAUCCUCAACAUUAAUGAAUUUUCUCGACUCGUAUAAUAACUUUAUUUCCCAGUCAUUUUUAAAACGUGUCUCUUCAGUAGGUGUGUGAGUAGAGGAAACCUCUUGUAUAUACCCUGUACUUGUAAUUUUCAUCCAUUCACUUGAAAGAUUCAUUGAUUUAUACUGCUUCCUAAAGGUUGAUUCAUCUUGCUAAUAUUGUUUUUAUUGUUUAGUUUUCUUUUAUGUACACAUACCAAAGUUUGUAUUUUGUAGUUCUUAUAUGCUAUAGUUAUUACCUUAUAAUCAACCAAAAUUUAUACAUUACAUUACUUGUAUGUGUGUCAUAAUUAAUGUUGCAUUUACAAGUAAGUGUGCAGGAGAAAUAAAUAUACUGUAAAUGGUAUUGCACUAUAUUUUGUGGGUUUGUUGCAUUAGUUAUACUCCUUCAGAGGCACGGUAUUCUCAGGUUGCUCAUUAAUUGAUUCAUCAAUGCUUAAUAGCUUCCAAUUGUUGUUAUUUUGACUGAUGGAUUAAUUACUUUCAUUUUGAAGUUGUAGACUUACCCCCAUGGUCUUCUAGACCUGAUUUUCACAUGGCCAGAUUAGACAGUUAUCCCUCUGAUCAUUCUGCCCAUAUCCAAACUAGGCAUUAAGUAGCAGGAACAUUGUGUGCUGGUUCAGUGUCAGGAAGAGUCCCAUAUUGUUUCUUGUUAAAGUCUUUGUAGUUUGCUCUAGUUUUAAAGUUUUAUUUCACCCUUGGAAAGGUUAAGACCAUAGAGUCGGAAUCAAAGAUCACUUCUCACAAGAAUUAGUAAUUCUUGUGAAAGAAAGUGACAGUGGGUCCCACAGGUGUGUCAGCUAACUGUACAAAAUUAUGAAUAUCUUGCUCUAUUCAAUAUGCAGUAUAAACAGUGAAUAGGAGGCUGGGAUAUAGUUCCUUUGUUGAUUUUUCAGAACCUGUUGGUACAGUCUUGUUCAAGAUUCUUCGAACACUGCUGGAGACAGCUGGCAACUCAAGGCCGUUUGUUUACUAUAGUACGUAGUAAAAAUUAUGAAUAAAUG